CUGUAACUGAUUUUGGUUUGUUUUCGUUUUCGUACUCGAAUCCAUUUUUAACAGUUUCUUUUAAUACAGAUUUGUAUGUAAUCUAUUAUUUGCGUUGUGAAUCUGAGGAACUUAUAAAAAAUCAUGGAUGCUAAUAUGGCUCAGAGAACGUGGGAAAUGGCCAACAAUAUGGAAAGUAUCCAAAGUAUUGAUGACAUUUAUUGUUACGACAAGAAAACGCAGCAAGAUAUACUCACCGCCAAACCUUGGGAUAGAGACCCCCAUUUCUUCAAAGAUAUUAAAAUUUCUGCUCUUGCUUUGCUGAAAAUGGUAAUGCAUGCACGUUCUGGUGGCACUUUAGAAGUUAUGGGUAUGCUUAUUGGCAAAGUGGACGUUACAACAAUGAUUGUUAUGGAUUCUUUUGCAUUGCCUGUUGAAGGUACUGAAACGAGAGUGAAUGCUCAGGCACAAGCAUAUGAGUACAUGGCAGCUUAUACAGAAAGUGCAAAGCAGGUUGGACGAUUGGAAAAUGUCAUUGGUUGGUAUCAUAGUCAUCCUGGGUAUGGUUGUUGGCUAUCUGGUAUUGAUGUUAGUACUCAGAUGUUAAACCAGCAGUUUCAGGAGCCUUUUGUGGCAAUAGUGAUUGAUCCAGUUCGAACAAUUUCAGCUGGCAAAGUGAACUUGGGUGCUUUUCGAACCUAUCCUAAAGGAUUUAAACCACCUGAUGAAGGGCCAUCAGAAUAUCAAACCAUUCCAUUGAACAAAAUAGAAGAUUUUGGAGUACAUUGUAAACAGUAUUACUCUUUGGAUGUUUCUUACUUUAAAUCCAAGCUAGAUCGCAGACUUCUAGAUUCUUUAUGGAAUAAAUACUGGGUCAAUACUCUUAGUUCAUCCAGCUUACUUACAAAUGCUGAGUACACAACUGGCCAAGUAUCUGAUUUAUCUGAUAAACUUGAACAAUCUGAAUCUCAGCUUGGACGUUGUGGUUUUGUUUUGGGAAUGGAUCCUCAUGAGAAAAAAACAGAAGAUAAACUUGCCAAAGCUACCAAAGAUAGUUGUAAAAUAACUAUUGAAGUUAUUCAUGGACUAAUGUCUCAAAUAAUUAAAGAUCGUCUUUUCAAUCAAGUGAAUCGCAAAUUCUAAUUGGUGAUAUUAUAAUUAAUUCCUUUGCUUGAGAUGUUAUUUUGUAUACCUCACUCAUUGCUUUUUAUUCAAUAAAAAAUUUGUGUCAACUU